CCCAUACAUUCAUUUUUGCAGUAUCACUACUCAAUCGUUUAUAUAUUUUACCAAUCCAUUGCGACCUGCUGGUACGGGCCACAAAACGAAUUUCGAUAUUACUCUCUUCCACUCUCCAAGCUUAGUAGCAAAGUACCAUGCUUUUAUUCCAAAUCUUCAUCUGGUCUUGGAUGAUCAUCCUGCGCGAUGGGGUGACUGCACUCCCAGCUGCGGUAUCACUUACUAAGCACAACAUUGACUCCGCUGGCCUCGGGACCACUAUUGACCAUAUCAACCGAAGAGAAAAUAUCAUUCAGCAUCUUAGCAACAUUCUAGAACGGACUCCACCGAAGAAAGACACGGGUAGCGGCCGGAAUAGUCCUACUCAAGAUUCUCCCAAACAGGACAAGGGCAAAGGCAAAGCGGAUCCCCAGACACCAGCAAGCCCCAAAGGCAAAGGGAAAAUUGACACUAUUUACAAACUAGGGGAGUGCGGAAAAGAGGUGGAAGGGACACUGAUAAAGAACGUAGACAAGUCUGGCAACACGCCCGCAAGGAAAAUAAAGACGCCCAAACAGCCAACAACACCCAAGCCACCAAAGUCCUAUGACGACGGUGAAGAUGGCGACGGAUUGGAUAAGGCCCCAUUGGAUCGGGCAUCGGGGACGAAAAAGAUGCAGAUGUGUAAAAAUAAGGUCGAUUUGCCAUUCCCCACAUACCCUAGCAGCGGCGAUGUUAUAGAGAAGGUCGACAAAUGGAAAGGUUUGCUCAAUGCGUACAACGUUGCACUAGAGGAUCCUUGCGACAACGAUUACGACUUCAAGAAACUACCAUUUCCUAGCACAAAGGUUGAUGGCGUAUACACUCCAAUCAAAGACUCCAAGAAUAGAAAAGAGUAUAGCAAAGAUAUUUGGCAAACAGAACACGUUAUGGAUGCUCAGAUUCUGAAGAGAUUCUUCCAGGAGCAGUUCGAAGGUGUUGACAAGCCGAAAGUAGAGAAAGCGAAGAUUGACAGGUCCGAGAUACCAAAAGAGUGGAUAUCAAGCAUCAAAGGAAAAGCCGCAAAGCAGGACCAAUGCGAUUAUCUCGAGCAGUUCUGGAAUAAGAGGUGGGGUGGAAUAGGCAAUCCGGAUCCUAGAGGCAACGCUAUGAAAUACCUACUCUCUGAAUUCCCUGGCGAAACCAAAUAUUUGAAGGAAAUGCUGCUCCUACCAGGCCGGCUUAAUAACAAAAAGAGCCAACUAUUUGGCAUCAAGGGUCACAAUGUGAUUGCGUUGAGAAAGUUCACCAGCAUGCCUCUUCAUCAGAAGAUUGAUGAGCUUAGAGAAGUUGUACUGCUGAUUGCUUACUUGAAUGAACCAGAAUUCAGAAAGCAUUGGAAAGCCGUUGCCUUACGACUUCGGGAUCGGCUAGAAGAGAUCGAAGCUAGUGGAAGUAACGGAUACAUGCGAAAAACUGACGACUAUUGGUUUAAGCAAAAGGCAGACAGUACCUUGAAAGAUGGCACCAAUGAGAGGUACGAGCCUGUUGGACUAGCCAAGAAAUGGGUGCUAUUCAUCAACAACUUUGUUGAUGACCGUACUACACGGAUGCAAAGUCUGCUAGUGAAGCUUCACUGGGAGCUUGAAACAGAGUGGCAAGACGCAAAGACAUACGUAGAUCUUCCGAAAGAUGAAGGUUCUAAACUUGGAACCAGAAUGGCAGUACUGGCAAAGCAUAUCCAAGACAAGGUCGACAUCAAAAAAUUGAGGAUCGACUCGACUUCGACACCUAGUACCCCAGUCCCUGGAACCCCAGACAUAAGCGAUGACGAGGACAGCUCAGACGGAGUACCGGACGACACACCUUCAAAGCCGCCAACCUUCGUUGUUCCUAUCAGACCAAAGCCUACGCCAACACCUAUUUAGAACGCUCCAGACGUGAGCAAAUCAAGUUUUUGAACUAGUCAAGUAUACUUAAUAUUAGUAUAAAAUAUAGAAAUGUCUCAUUGC